GCUGAGUCGGACAGAUGAAGCCUGUAUCCGCUGCUGCUGAUAAGAUAUGAAUGAUUGUGUAAACUUUACGAGGAGAAAAAUCCACACCCAACCCCGCGGCUCCGAUGUUGGAUGCGCCCGCGGCCCGAAUCACCCCACCGCCACAUCGCUGGUCCGCCGGCACAAGGCAUCCACCACUCUGGUGGUCCCUCGGCGACUCACUCGGUGCACCCUCCAGGCACAGCCCUGGAUCCCGAGCAGGCAGAGCUCUGGGUCAUUACACGAUGUCAGGUGCCGAGGCAGACCAGAUCGCAGUGGGCGCUGAAUCUGAGAAUGAGCUUCAGCUUCCAUUCAUCCUCGAGGAACAUGAGAGGAAGGAUCAGUCUCUGAAGGAGGUGCUGAGUCGAAAACUGAAAAAGCAGUGUGUCUGCAGCCCAGCUCGAGCAAAAUCCCUGCUCCUAGACUGUGUACCCAUCAUAAAAUGGCUGCCAAAAUAUCAGCUCAAAGACUGGCUCCUGGGUGACGUGAUGUCAGGCUUGAUUGUGGGCAUCCUGCUGGUUCCUCAGUCCAUCGCCUAUUCACUGCUGGCAGGCCAAGAUGCCAUUUACGGGCUCUACACAUCGUUCUUCUCCAGCAUUAUCUACGCUUUGCUUGGCACUUCCAGGCACAUUUCAGUGGGUAUCUUCGGGGUGCUCUGCUUGUUGGUGGGCCAGGUAGUGGACAGGGAGCUGGCAUUGGCUGGAUAUCUCACCGAUGAGUCGGGAAACCUCACCAGCCUGGAGAAUAACACAAUUCUACACUGUGACCGUAGCUGCUACGCUAUCACCAUAGGGUCUACUGUGACCUUCACAGCAGGAGUGUACCAGGUACUAAUGGGUCUCCUCCAGGCCGGCUUUGUGUCCGUCUUCCUUUCUGACUCUCUCCUAAGUGGCUUUGCUACUGGUGCCUCUCUCACCAUCCUCACCUCACAGGUGAAGUACCUGCUGGGCCUGAAGCUGCCUCGUGCCCAAGGUUGGGGCUCAUUGAUCAAAACCUGGAUCCAGAUCUUUAUGAAUCUGGGCCAAACCAACUUGUGUGACCUCAUCACCAGCUUCCUCUGCCUGCUCAUUCUGGUGCCCACCAAAGAGCUGAACGAUCGCUUUAAAUCCAAACUCAAGGCACCAAUUCCCUUUGAGCUGUUUGUGGUCAUCAUCGCCACACUGGCUUCCCAUUUUGGUCAUUUCCAGGAGAAGUACGGAUCUGAGGUAUCUGGGGCCAUUCCCACAGGCUUCAUGCCUCCACAGCUCCCAGCCUGGGAUCUCAUACCCAGCAUAGCACUUGAUGCCUUCUCUGUAGCCAUUGUGGGCUUCGCCAUCACCGUGUCUCUGUCGGAGAUGUUUGCUCAGAAGCAUGGCUACAUCGUGGAUCCCAAUCAGGAGAUGUACGCCAUCGGGUUCUGCAAUAUCAUUCCAUCAUUUUUUCACUGCUUCACCACUAGUGCCGCCCUGACCAAGACCCUGGUGAAGGAGUCCACUGGAUGCCAGACUCAGCUCUCAGGCCUGGUUACUGCUCUCAUGCUACUGCUAGUGCUACUUGUCAUCGCGCCUCUCUUCUACUCGCUACAGAAGUGCGUGCUAGCAGUUAUCAUUGUGGUGAACCUGCGUGGCGCUUUGCGGAAGUUCCGAGAUGUUCCACGAAUGUGGCGUGUGAACCGUAUAGAUGCUGCCAUUUGGAUAGUGACCAUGGCCACAUCAGCACUGGUAAACACCGAGCUGGGCCUGCUGGUAGGCAUGCUGGUGUCUGCAUUCUGUGUCCUAGGCCGCACUCAGUAUGCCCAGGCACUCGAGCUGGGCCAGGCAGACCAUCAUGACCUCUUCAACGUCCUUAAAUCAUAUAAAAACCUCCACACGCAACCUGGAGUUGCUGUGUUUCGCUAUGAAGCUCCCAUCUACUACGCUAACCAUACCCUGUUUAAGAAGUCUCUGUAUCGUAGCGUAGGUCUGGACCCACAGAAAGAGAAAGCCAGGCGCAAGAAGCUGGCAAAGCUGCAGCAGAAGCGUAAAGAAGACUCUGAAGUGCCCUCCAAGGUUUUCCUCCCUUCUUUUCACACAGUGAUCCUUGACUGCAGCGCUGUGUUAUUUCUGGACACGGCAGGAGUUAGCACUCUGAAGGAGUUGUGUAAGGAUUACAAGGAGUUUGCCGUGCACGUGAUAUUAGCCCAGUGCAGCACGUCAGUGAUCGAUUCCCUCCGAAGAGGCGGUUAUUAUGACCCCAAGAGCACCGAGAUCAUUUUUCACACUCUCGGUGAUGCUGUACGUUACGCCCAAAGCUGUCAGUCACAGAAUGGAGACUGUGAGACUAGGUGCUGAUGAAAUGCGACGCGGUUUUCCAUACUACACUGUUCAGACAAUCCUACGUGCCUCACUGGAAUAUUUUAUCAGAUUAUUUUUGUAUUGGCUUUAGGUCUUUUUACUCCUAUCUUACAGAAAAUAAUUUCUCGAGAUGGCUAUUUGUAUUCAGCAUUUAUUUCUUACAAUGUUGUAGCCAAGUCACUAAACUUUGAGGCUGAGUCCAGUCUUGAGUCCCCAGUUUUCAAGUCCGAGUCAUUAAAAAAAUUUCAAGUCAAGUCCACUAUUUAUCCAAGUCAAUAGUCCAACCGCACCAUAUGACAGUGGCUGUUUUAGCGCCAUUAGCAUUAGUUUGUUCCUGAACAGGUGAAUGUGCUUCUCUUUGUCAGGGAGUGUGAAGUAUUCUGCCAGAGAUGGUUGGGAGAUGGAUGUAAGUGCAGAAGGUGCGUUUAUUAAUACAAGUGAAGGCAGGUAAACAAUCCAAAACGGCACACAAAAUCGUAAAACAGUGAAACAGGCAAGAGGUCGAGCGAGGCACAAACAGGCUAUCGUAGACUUGGCAGAAUCAAAGAUGAGAAACAGGAAAUCAGGGAUCAGGAAUCCAAACAAGGAAAUAAGGCUCGGUAAUGUGUCAGCAACACAACUCAAUACUUCGCAAAGUAAGUGCAUUUUCACAGUUUUUAUAUAGGUGCACUGAUUGCGCCUUAAUCCUGUGCGGGUGCGAGUUGUUUACAAUGCACGUAACACGAGAGUCCGCUUGGCGCGUGCACUGUCCGGAGCGCAUCCAAGAGUCUGUCUGAUGCACACGCGCAGGUGUGACACUCUUGCACGAAAUUAGUACAAAAAUUAAUGUAGAUAUAAAUAUCUUAUGCCAAAUUAUUAUGGCAUGUUACAAAAAAAAUAAAGAAAAAACCCAAGUCCUCAUCUCCAGUUUACGAGUCCGAAUGCAGUUAAUGCACGAGUCAGAGUCAUCAGUGCUCAAGUCCCAGUCAAGUCACAAAUCUUUAAAAUUAGGGCGCGAGUUGGACUCGAGUCUGAGUCCUGGACUCAGGUACGAUAAGCCUGAUUUGUUAUAUGUUAAAUAAAUCUGACCAUUUUCAGAAGAAUUACUGACAUUACAAAGAGAAAGUGUCAUUGCUGUUAUGGUGUUCAUUACUGAAUGUUUUUGCACUUCUGUUGUCUUGGUUUUUACAAGGACAAUACAAGUGCAGAAUAAUUGGACAUGAUAUUGGACAAAACCAUGGGUCUUUACAGGUUUGGUCUCCAUUUUGCUAGUCAAGGAAAAUGAAGAAAAGAAAAUGUGACUGUUCUCAUCAUGAAGACUUUUUUUCUAUAUGUAUGCAAAGCUAGAUUAGAUUUUCUCAGAUCAUUCUUACCAAAUAUUAUACACAUAGAAAGAUAAUUCAUUUUAUUUUUUCACGGUUCAAAUCCUGCGCUCUGAUUGGCUGGCGAGCAGGUCCGUAUCCUAUGGUACGGACCCCGGUUACGGACCUCUGGCGACUCGCUUGUUCACAACAACAACAAACAUAGUAGCAUUUUUUGUCAACAUUUAUCUUUUUUUAUAAGGUUUAUUUAUAAGAUUAUCAAAAAUCUUAUACAUUUUUGCCAGCAUUUCUCAGGAGAGGCGGCACGGUGGUGUAGUGGUUAGCGCUGUCGCCUCACAGCAAGAAGGUCCUGGGUUCGAGCCCCGGGGCCGGCGAGGGCCUUUCUGUGUGGA